UAACUAUGACACCCCCCACAUGUACAUCUUUUUAAAGAAAAAAAAAACAAAACAGAAAAAAAAAAAAAAAUAGAUCCCUGACGUGGGAAAUACGGGGUAAAAAACAUAAAAAAGUCCCGGAGGAAACGGACUUGAUCAGUAACUUUUUCAGGGAAAGGAAGAAAAAAAAAUAUGUAUAAAUACUUGAUAUGCAUCUCACAUUUUAUACCAGUGCAGCUUUAUUCUUUUUUUGUCUCUAUUGUGCAUUACAUCAUAAUGGAAAAGAAGACAUCGGAAAAAAAUCCUUCCAUUGAACAAUUUGAAGAUAUUCAAGCAACAGAUAAACAUGAUCUGGAAGAUUUGACUUUACAAAAGAAAUUAACCCAAACACUUGUCAAAAAAUUAGACAGAAGAUUGUUACCUCUUCUUUGUAUUUUAUACCUCUUGAGUUACAUUGAUCGAUCCAAUAUUGGUAAUGCUAAAUUAGGCGGUCUCAUGGAAGACCUCAACUUGACUAGCCAACAGUAUCAAUGGGCUCUUUCCAUCUUUUACUUUUCCUAUGUCAUUUUUGAUUUACCCUCCAAUAUUAUUAUGAGACGCUGGCGUCCUUCCUACUGGCUUGCUAUCUUGAUGUUUUUAUGGGGUGUUGUAGCUACUGCUAUGGCCGCUAGCAAGAAUUUUGCUGGAAUCGCUGUCUCUCGUUUCUUUUUAGGUGUAUUUGAAGCCGGUUUUUUCCCAGGAGUCAUCUACUUCUUAUCAGUAUGGUAUACACGACAGGAGUAUGGUCGUCGUAUCAGUUUCUUUUGGUCGUUUAGUUCAUUGGCCGGUAGUCUAGGCGGUAUCAUUGCAUAUGGCAUCAGUCAGAUUAGUAAUGAUACGUUACAAACAUGGCAAUGGCUUUUUAUCAUUGAAGGUGCUCCCUCUGUAAUUUUAGCAGCUUUUUCGGCUUGGUAUUUACCUAAUAAACCGGAAACUGCUAAAUUCCUCACAAACGAAGAACGUGAAUUCGCAGUAAAAAGAUUAGAAAAUGAUGCUGGUGCAUCUAAUGAUCAUUCCUGGUCUUGGGCACAAGUCACAUCCGUAUUCACCGAUUGGAAAACCUAUAUUUACAUGUUAAUCUAUAUCACGGGUACAAGCGCACUUCAAGGUGUUACUUUGUUUUUACCUUCCAUUAUUGCCGGAAUGGGCACCUGGUCUAAACCUGCCGCUCAAGCACUGACAACGCCUCCUUAUUUCCUUGCCUUUCUUGUCACUGUCGCCAUCGGUUGGAGUUCUGAUAAAUACUUUGAGCGUGCUUACCACAUGGUAGCUAUCAAUACUGUAGGACUCGUCGGUUUUUUACUCCUCAUGUUUUUACCCAGUACGAAUGUAGCUGGUAAUUACGUCUCGGCUUGUCUAGUCACAAUUUCAGUGUACGCCAACGUUGCUGUCAAAGUGGCCUGGUUCAAUAACAAUUAUGGCGGUCUUACACGUCGUGCUGUCGCUUCUGCCGCAAUUGUGUCUGUAGGUACCAUUGGUGGUGCUAUUGGAGGGCAAAUCUAUUAUGAUCCACCCCAUUACUUUGCAGGUAAUGCAAUUGCCUUUUCUUGUUUAGCAGCGCAAACACUUUUGGUGAUCCUGAUGCGAUUAUUAUUGGCUCGUGAGAAUAAGAGAAGAACUAGGUUAACGGAAGAACAACGUGAAUUGGAAAUUCAUAAAUAUGGUGGAACCGAACUUGUAGGAGAUCGUCAUUAUUCUUAUGUCUAUGUCUUGUAAAAAUUUACGGCAAUUAUCUUGUAACAUAAUAAAUGUAUAAAACUAUUUUCUUAUAAAA